GGCUUGGCUUGGCUGUGCUGUGCUGUGCUGCUGCCCUUCACCACCAUGAAAGCCUCACUCUCUCCUUCUUCACCUGCUUCUGCACUCCCAACAACUCAGUCCAGAAACUUAAACAAAAAGUAUGCAAAAUCAACUGCUGGAGGAUUCAUCCACACAAAUAGAUACAACAGGUUAUUGAUAAUGCAAAACAAUCAACACCUGAUGACCACCAGGGUUGCUGCUGUUACCUCACCGGAUCCUGGCCAGGUGGAAAUCACAUGGCAAAUUAUUGUUGGAGCAGUAGCUGGAGUCACUCCUUUUAUCGUUGCAGGGAUUGAAUUUAGUAAAAGGAUUGUAGCACAAAGAAAAUGCCAAGUUUGUGGAGGGUCAGGGCUUGUUCUAAGGGAUGGUACAUAUUUUCGAUGUCCUGGAUGUGGUGGGUUUCUUCCAUGGCAAUCAUGGAAAAGAUUCUUCACUGGUUAAGACAAUUGCAAUGGGAUAUCAAGUUUGAUAAAGAAGAACGUUAUUCUUUAUUGCAUUACUUAUCAUAUCAUCAGAUGAACAAACGAAACUAUGUAUUUCUAAAUAAGUGUUUGAACAUUUUCACCAACACAUACCAAUAUUAUUCCCUCCCAAUGAAUUCACUGGUUUCAC